CAACAAACUCUUCUGCGCAUCUACAAGAGUGAGCUCUCAACAUUCGUGGUCGUGGCUUGCUUAUGAAAUGUUGGAUGGAGUGAAGAUACAGAAUAGAGAAGAAUCCCGCUGACUUGCUGGACAGAUCAGCCCUGCCAGGAUGAGUUCUGCACCCAAUUGUCAGAUAUCUUGCAGUUUACUCCUUCACGUCCAUCACUCUGAUAACAAUUUUGGUAUCAGCAUGGUGAUUGAAGUCCAUCCACCAGGGACGAUUGCAUCUGACGGCCCCUGACAAGAGGCGGCGCUCUGGCUCUGACAUCAUGGUGCCAAGGCACUUCGUACCGGCCGAAGUCAUCGCAUUCGCACUUAUUACAUCCAUUCUCACGAAAUUCGAGGACAGUUACAAUCUUGAAGCAUUUGAGAAUUUCGAAAUCUGAAGAAAUUGACGGGGUUCGGAAAGCAGCAGAGCACAGCACAACAUCAUGCCGCCCUUCCUUGAGACCUACAACCCCUCCGUCCUCUCCAUCCCAGGCUACUUCGUCCUUGCCAUGAUACCCCACGACUGGGCCAUAAAUGUCGCCUCACAAGGCAGAAUAAGCACAUGGGACAAUCGCAAUCCGCGCAAUACCGACAUGAAAGCCAAGCUCAAAGCCCGCCUGCCGGCAGAGUCCUACGCCAAGUACGAGCGCCUGGAGGCCUGCCACGCAAACAGCAUUGAGAGCUUCCCUCUGUUCUCAGCAGUCACUAUGCUGGCAACGUUGCGGGGCUGAGGAAAGAGGACUUGAUGAGCUUUGCGGGGUGGUUUUUGGCGACGAGGAUAGCGUAUAUGCCUGUGUAUGCGAGCCAUGGACGCAGGAGCCGACGGCGCUGAGGACGGGGAUCUGGUAUGUGGGUGUUGGGCUGUGCUUAUAGACGAUUGUUCAGGCUGCGAAGGCUCUGGGAGGACGUGCAUAGUUCCGUCACAGGUUUUAGUGAUAGGAGUGUGUAAGAUCAGUCGUCAUAUUUGAAUUCGAAAGAGAAU